GUGAGAAAUAACGACAAUUAUAUACAGACUUAUCUAAAAAAAGAGCAAGAAAGAAAGAAGCGAUGGAGGAUCUGUACGCUUUGGACUUCGAUGGAGUUCUCUGUGAUAGCUGUGGUGAGAGCUCCCUCUCUGCAGUAAAGGCUGCUAAAGUAAGAUGGCCGGGCCUGUUCAAUGGCGUGGAUUCUACCUUGGAGGAUUGGAUUGUUGAUCAGAUGCACAUAGUGCGACCUGUGGUGGAAACUGGAUAUGAAAAUUUGUUACUUGUGAGGUUGCUGCUGGAGAUGCGGAUGCCUUCUGUUCGAAAAUCCUCUGUUGCAGAAGGAUUAACAGUUGAGAGGAUAUUGGAAGAAUGGAUAAAGGUAAAACCAGUCAUUUUAGAAGAGUGGGGUGAGAACAGGGACGAACUUAUAGAUCUUUUUGGAAAGAUCAGGGAUGAAUGGAUGGAUAAUGACUUAAAGACUUGGAUUGGCGCAAAUAGAUUCUAUCCAGGUGUUCCCGAUGCUCUAAAAUUUGCAAGCUCAAAGAUAUAUAUAGUAACUACGAAACAGGGCCGGUUUGCUGAUGCUUUGCUGCGUGAGCUUGCAGGAGUAACAAUCCCAACAGAAAGGUUAUAUGGUUUAGGAUCCGGUCCCAAGGUGGAGGUGCUGAAGCAACUUCAGAAGAAGCCAGAACAUCAGGGGUUGACAUUCCAUUUUGUGGAGGAUCGACUUGCAACACUGAAGAAUGUCAUCAAAGACCCAGAAUUAGAUGGUUGGAACUUGUAUCUAGGGGAUUGGGGAUACAACACCCAGAAAGAGAGAAAGGAAGCAGCUAGCAUUCCUAGGAUUCACCUUCUUGAGCUCUCUGACUUCAGCAAGAAACUGAAGUAACUCAUCCCUUCAUCUCAUAUUUCCAUUCAAAAACAUAUUAUCAAUUCAUUUAAGAUGUAAAUGAUAAUUGAACUUCAUUGUCAUAUAUUUCAAGCAUCAGCGAUGCACUUAGUUUGUUUUUUUUUUUAUUGAAAUCUUCAAGAAAAAAGACUACUUGGUACAGCUAGAAGUUGUUGGUGGAUUUGGUUUUCGAUAAAUUGGAAUUAUGUCUGUUAUCUAUUCUA